CGAACUCCACGCCAGCAACCACCCCUCCACGUGUUCAUCCGACGUGGCAACCAACCUUCUCCCUCAAGCUUGAUUUUAGGGCUCUUCGUAGCCAGCAGAGAGCAGCCAGAGAACAGAGAUGAAUGGUGGAUGAGCGGGAGACACGAAAUGGAAGAGGACGUGGGGAAGGGGAAGAUCAUGGAGGUCAGUGAGAAGAAGGAGAAGAAGAAGAAGCUGAUGGUGCUUGUGUGGGGUUACCUUCCUGGAGCCUCACCUCAGAGAUCUUCUAUUCUUCAUCCCAUGGCUGUCCCUUUGCCAGGCUCUUCAACCAGUGGGGACUCGUGGAGGGAUGUGUGCGGUGGUGGAUGCGGCUUUGCCAUGGCUAUCUCAGAAUCUGGCAAGCUUCUUACUUGGGGUUCAACCGAUGACAUGGGUCAAAGUUAUUUGACUGCAGGGAAGCAUGAGGACAUUCCAGAGGCGUAUCCUCUCCCCACUGAAGUAGCUAUAGUGAAGGCUGCUGCAGGGUGGGCUCACUGCGCUGCAGUUACAGCUUUUGGAGAAGUCUACACAUGGGGUUGGAAGGAGUGUGUGCCUUCUGGGACGAUCAUUGUAGACCAAAACAUGGAAGUUCCCCCUGAUAAGGAUGAAAAAGAGGGUAUGUUUUCGGUGAUCAAGACAAUUUCACAAAGCAUUUCAGUGAACCCCAGGUCAAGUAGUGGAACUCAAUCAAGUAAUGAAAGCAGAAGCGCAGAGGAAAGUGCAAAGCGCAGGAGAUUAUCUUCAUCUAGACAAGGACCAGAAAGCUCAACAUCCGGUGAUGAGACUCUGUCAGCUCCUCCAUGUCUGGUAACUCUCAAAACAGGUGUGAGGAUUACGGCGGUAGCUUCUGGUGGGCGUCAUACAUUGGCAUUGUCAGACAUUGGCCAGGUUUGGGGUUGGGGCUAUGGCGGGGAAGGGCAGCUUGGUUUAGGUUCUCGUAUUCGCUUGGUGUCAUCUCCUCAUCCAGUUCCUUGCAUUGAAUUGGGUGCUUAUGGAAAGGACCGACCAGCAGCUUUGAGAAGGAACAUUGGUUCAGAUGAGCAGGUUUAUAAGGUCAUUGGAAGCUACGUGAAGACCAUUGCUUGUGGGGGGCGUCACAGCAUCGUUGUCACUGAUACUGGCGCAUUACUAACUUUUGGUUGGGGACUUCAUGGGCAGUGCGGGCAAGGUAGUACAGAUGAUGAGUUGAGUCCAAAAUGUGUCCCAUCUCUUCUCACUGUUAAAAUUAAAGGAGUUGCUGCUGGCUUGUGGCAUACCAUUUGCAUCUCCGCUGAAGGCGCCAUCUAUGCAUUUGGUGGGAAUCAGUUUGGGCAGCUGGGAAUAGGUUCUGAUCAAGCUGAGACUUUGCCUAAACUGGUGAACCCUCCAUGUUUGGAGAACAAGAAAGCCAAGAUAGUCUCUUGUGGUGCUCGGCACAGUGCCAUUACAACUGAGGAUGGGGAGGUGUUCUGCUGGGGUUGGAACAAGUAUGGUCAGCUUGGAUUGGGUGAUGCGAUCGACCGGAAUAUACCGGCUAUAGUUCAAAUGGAGACAUGCUGUGCAAUCAAUAUCUCCUGUGGCUGGUGGCACACGUCGGUACUUGCCGAAUCUCCCACUUGAUACUCUGAACAUUGUUUUGCAGUGCUGUUUUAUUUGGUUGGAUAGAUUACAAACAUGACUCCUUAUUCUGUGGAUUUGAAAACAAUUAUUGUCUAGUACUUAACUAAGUUAUUGUCUCGGCCACCAGAGGUUUUUUAUUCAGGUGGCAGUACUAGAAGAAUGUUUGUUGUAAGCUGACACCAACAUUAA